AAUCUGUGCAGACAAUCUCUCGCUACAUGCAACAACAAUAAACAUGCAGGCAAAGAGAAAAAGCACUAAAUUAAGAACAAGCAGAUUGAAAGAACAAUUUUAUUGACAUAGGUCCGAUAGCGAAGCCUAAAAAUCUUAUCAUCGUUUGAAGUGGCACACAAAGUUAAAUCAUGCACAUUUGAGAGCUAUGGCCGUCUUAUCAAAUCGCCUACAUUCGCAUUAAAUAGUGCCUCUAAACUAUAGUCCAGUUCAUUCGAAGAGUGGAAUUCAAACGCGAGAGUCGAAAAACGACGACGCAAUUGAUUUGUUGACUGCUGUGAUCUUUGGGCUGCUUCGAACGCACAGCAAAAUUCACAUAACUCAAACGAGCCUAUACAUCGGCCAUAAGUUAGCUUGAUUGGUGGUCUGUCGAAUACAAACGCAGAACAGAAAAAUGAAUUUGGCUUUGAAAUGUAAAAAUGUUAUCUACCUUGGCGGUUUUGGCGGCAUCGGACAGAAAUGUGUUGAAGAGUUUCUCAAGAAAGGUGUAAAGAGUCUAGUCGUUUUCGACUUGAAGGAAAACUCGGAGGUGUUAAAGAAUUGGCAGCAGACAUACAAAUCAUGUGACAUAUCAUUCCAACCUGUGGAUGUCACCAAAAGUGAAACCAUUGAGGAAGCCUAUAAAAAAUCCAUGGAGAAAUUGGAACACAUCGAUGUUGUCCUCAAUGGAUGUGGGCUAAUGAAUGAUCGUUAUUUGGAUUUAACCAUUGACAUAAAUCUGCGCGGCGUCCUUCAUAGCUCAAUGAUUGCCCUGAAAUACAUGGACAAAUCGAAAGGAGGACGUGGAGGAGUAAUUGCAAACAUUUCUUCGGUGGCUGGUAUAGAGGCAUCGGGAAUGUUUGCCAUCUAUUCGGCUGCUAAACAUGGUGUAACUGCCUUCAGCAGAGCCAUGUCGAAUCCUUUGUACUUCAACAACACCGGUGUGAAUUUUAUUACAAUCUGUCCAGGAUUAACAGAAACUAGUUUGCUGGAUAACGUAAAGGACAAGGUGACUUUGGUCGAAUUCGGAAAACCCAUGGCCGAACGUUUUGUAACGCUUCAGACACAGCCUGCCAAUGUGUGCGCCGAGAACAUAAUCAAAGCCAUCGAGGCGGAUAAAUUGGGUGCGGUGUGGCUUUUGGAUCGCGGUGAAAUAUCCGAAAUGGAAAUGCCAGUUAUGUGGAAGCACCUUAUAAUCUGCGACCUGCAUGAAAAUGGUGCACUAAUGUUGGAUCUUGCGAAAACAUUUCCCCAAACAUGUUUGAACUUUAUACCCAUCGAUGUUAUACAACGUGAAUCAAUAGAAGAGGCUUUUCGCACAGCCUCUAACAUUGUUCACAAUCAAAUUGAUGUUCUUGUCAAUGGUUGCGGCUUGAUGAACGAUCGUUUAAUUGAUCUCACAAUUGGCAUAAAUCUGACAGGCGUCAUUUACAGCUCUCUCAUUGCUUUAAGCUACCUGGAUAAAUCAAAGGGUGGUCGUGGCGGUAUGAUAGUAAAUAUUGGAUCGGUUGUUGGUCUGGAACCGAGCGGAAUGUUUGCCGUCUAUUCUGCAGCUAAGGCCGGGUUGAUAGCAUUCACUAGAGCUCUAGCGAAUCCCCUGUACUAUGCUCAUACUGGCGUUAGUUUUAUUACCAUCUGUCCCGGAUUUACCGACACUUCCCUAUUGGAGAGUAUUCGCGGCAAGGAGACCCUAACCGAAUAUGCCGCAUCUAUGGCCGAACGAUUUGCUCUUGUGAAAAAGCAGAGUGCCGAAAUAUGUGCCGACAAUUUAGUUGGGGUUUUAGAAAAGGCUAAAAAUGGAUCUGUCUGGAUGCUGGAUAUAGGAGAAAGUGUACAGUAUUAUUUUGCAUUAAUUCGGCUGCAAAAUAUGCAGGUUCUAAACGCAAAGAAGUUUUCGUCAACAAAACAGCAGAAGAAACUAGAAAAGACGCAGAACAUGCAGUUAGAAGGAAAAAAUGUCAUACUUGUCGGAGGUUUCGGUGGCAUUGGUGAAAAAUGCGCAGAAGCAUUUCUGCUUAGAAACGUAAAGAGCAUCAUUAUCUUCGAUUUGAUAGCCAAUGAGACUUAUUUAAAAUAUUUGCAAAAAACCUAUAAAAAUGCCUAUGUGGAUUAUAUACAUGUGGAUCUGACACGAAGCGAGACCAUCAAGGCAGCCUACGCGGAAGCUAAAGAAAAGAUUGACUUCUUCGAUGUUGUGAUAAAUGCAGCGGGUGUCAUAGAUGAGACAAAAAUCGAUCAGCUGGUGCAGAUCAAUUUGACUGGCCUCAUCCAUAGUUCACUCAUAGCCAUGGAGAACAUGAGCAAAGCUAAAGGUGGAAAUGGAGGUUGCAUACUAAACAUAUCUUCAACGGCAGGGUUGAAUCCAGAGGAAUUGUUUUGCAUUUAUUCAGCCUCCAAAUGUGGAGUGCUGAAUAUCACCAGGUCACUUGCGCACCCUCUGUAUUUCGAUAAGACAGGCGUCAGAUUUAUAAACAUAUGUCCUGGUCCCACUGCGACUCCCAUAAUAAACCAAGUCGUGAAAUGUUUUUCCAAUCAAUACUUUGAUGGAUUAAAGGAUUUUAUGGAAACUAUUGACAAACAAACUCCUGAGGCAUUUGCCAAGAACUUAGUUGAAGUCGUGGAAACAGCAGCUAAUGGUACUACCUGGAUUUUGCAGAAUGACACCAUUGAACAAUUAGAGUUUGACGUCGUCUAUGGUCCUGUCAUUCCAAAAUAAAGUGUUUUUUUAUACACCCUUUUGACACUUUGCGCUCAAGUUAAGGCAUAAAGGAGCUAAACUUUAAAAUAAGUAAUAAAAAGGUAAUGUUUGAACCACUCUUUACUUUUCAACUUCUUCUGUACAUCCA